ACGCGAUGGACGCGUCGAUAGGGGACCCCUUCGUGCUCGCCACCUACGCCUCACAGCAAAAGCCAUCCAAGGGAAAGCAACGGCAGGCUCUCCCCCAUGUCUACGCAACGUACACUCCCGGCCCGCGCGACGGAUACGUGACCGCGACAGGACAGGGGGAUGGGAUUCAUACACUUGAUGUAUCAGAGAUACAUCCAGUGACAUCACAUACCUUCGGGCCCUCUACGCUCUUUGCUGGACCUUCUGUCGCGCGAUGUGCAGAGGGGACGUGCUCGACAUACACUGUGGUAGCUGCCUCUAGCGACAUAUCCGCGGAUGAAGGCGGGCGCACGAUAUGGAAAUGGGAAGACGACCUGUCUGGCUCCAUCCCUGAUGCAUCCUCCUCCAGCACGAAGCUAUCUGCUACGGUGCCGCAUCUCGUCUCUACCCUCCACGUCAUCGAGGAGUGCCCCUCGACACUCUUUGCAUGGUCACCUAGCGGUCAUCUCUCGCUCCUCGACAAUGACUUGAAGAUCAGAACAACGCGGAAUCCACCAAGUCAGCGUCGGACGCUGGUGCAGGCUUCCCUCUUCCCCUCGAAGUCGUGUGGCUUUGUCCCAUCUCAGGUCAGGCAUGAGAACGAUGCCAUCGCGGUGUGCUUGGAGGGAGACGGUGCUGCGACGCGCGCCCGUAUUCUUGCAGUCCGCAAUGACGGGGACAUCGCAGAUGUCGCCGACUUAGAAGUAUCCGUAGCGCCUGCAAAUAUUGCAUCAUGCUCUAUUGGCCCGACUGGUUUCUUGACAAUACUAGCUCGAGACGGAACCUGGCACGCAUACCAGAUCUCCUGUUCCUCGGAACCCUGCCUGAAGUCUCUCGACACCCUCAAACUCCGCGCCCUCUCCUUCAUCGGCGCCACCAUUUCAAAGUCGUCCCAAGACCGCGAAAUCUCCCUCGUUGCCCUCAGCUCCUCACACGUCCUCCUUGCCGCCACCUCACAACCAUCGCGAGAGGUCGUGCUUCACAUUUGGGACCUCUCGUUCUCGGUGCUGCUGGCUUCGCAGACGAUCUCGUUGCCCUCGGCGCUCGCCGAUGAGAAGAAGAUCAAUGUGUCGCUAUCACCGGCUGGCGCUUCGCAGGCCGUCCUGGUGCUCUCGCCCUCGGCAGUGUCGACGUCCUCGCGCUCGACGGUGUACGUUGUCCCGUACACAUGCCCGCCGACGUCGACCAUUGCGCACGCUAUGGGCCGUGCGGAGGCCAGCCGUGCAUGGCUGGCUUUGGCAGAUGCUACGUCUACCGGUGUCCCCAUCCACGACGCCAAGCGCGCGAAGUUGCUGAAGACCAUCGAAAGCUCGCUCGCGGGCAACAGGCCACAGGCUGCCGAUGAGGCCUUCAGGAAGUGGUACGAGGCGGAGAAGGAUGGUGACCUCCCGCCGGCGCUCGGUCAUGCCUUCGUGCGCGAUGUGCUGAACCGCGUUUUGCGUCCGGAGGCUCAGGGUAAUGUAUCCUACUCGCCGGAGAUUGUGAAGCGCCUCAUAGAGGCAGGCGCGGUGAGCGCAGGCAUGGUGGAAGGGUCCGCACUGUUGACAGCUCUGAGGAAGCGGAAUGACUGGGCCUCUAUCCAACUCGCCCUCGAAAAUGUCCGGGUCCGCGACAUCCCCGAGACCGAGCUCAUCGAGGCCCUUGCCCACGUCAUAGCCCUCAAGCCCGCCGCCCCCGACGCCAACGCCAUGCAGGUCGACACCCCCACCACCACCACCCCCGACACCCCCACCCUUCCCACCUUCCUCGCCCUCUGCGUCGCCUACACCUCUUCCCAAUCCGCCCUCCGCGUCGCCAUCCGCCGCGCCCUCGCCGACGCACCCGCCGUCCUCGCCACACUCGACGUUCUGCAGGGCUGGCUCGCCCGCCACGCCGGCAUGCGCUCCGCCGGCCUCGCCCCCGCGCCCAGCAAGGCCAAGCGCAAGCAAAAAUCCGCACUCACCUCCACCUCUGCCACCCUCCUCCCCGACCUCCCCUCGCUCCUCCGCUUCCUCACCGCGCUGCUCGACGCGACGUACGUGCCCGUCCUCUUGCAGCACGCGCCCGCGGGGAAGGCGCUGCGCAAGUUGGCAGCCCAGGUUGCACCCGAGAUCGAGUUUCUGGACGAGGUGGGCGCGUUGAGGGGCCCGCUGGAGCCGUUUGUAAGGGCGCAGGAGGCGAAGGAAAGGGAGAAGGAGAGACUGGUGAAGGGGAAGGGGCAGAAGGAGCCGCAGGGCGAUUGGCGGCAGAGGAGGCGCGCGGCGCAUGAGGCGGCGUCGGCGGGCGUGGGGCUGUAUAGGUUAGAGGAGUUGACGCUGUAGUGAAGUGGGUAGUGAACCUGUAUGGCGCGAGAGUGUCCAAAAAAUCGAGAGCAAUUUCUUGCUGCC